AUUUUUAUCAUGUAAAGAAAGUUUGAUUUAAUUCUUUCCUUAAUUGCAUAGAACGGAAAGAUGCUGAGGGAUGGGAGACUGUUCAGAGAGGUCGGCCGGUUCGUUCCCGGUCUACAGCAGUGAUGCCCAAAGUUUCCCUAGUGACAGAAGCCUUAAGGGCAAAGGAUGACAGCGAUAAGGAAAACAUAUGCCUUUUACCUGAAGAAAGCAUACAGAAAGGGAAACCUGUUGAAGACAGAUGUGCCCCUGCUGAAUUGCCUUCCAAGGACUCAUUACACCCUUCUGACCAUCCUCUUUCUGAGAGAAUUCAGUUCACAGUGAGUAUUUUGGAUGAUGUCAAGAAUUCUGGUAGUGGUCAAGACAAUUCAGUGCAUACUUCUGAGAUACCAGCUAUUCACAGUGAUGCAGUAUGUGUUGCUGUUACUCCACCAACCAGAGCUUUGCCAACAGACAAAGACAGAGUUCCAGCAGACACAGUAGGAAUGGUGACUGAGACAACGGACCCUUCAGAUAUUUCAAAUGUGAGUGCUGCUGACUGGGUAAGAACAACUUAUCGGAAUCCUGUAUUGAUAUAUUAAAAAGUAUAAAUUUAGGUAUUGUUCAUCUUUAUUACAACCUCAUACUUUACAGAACUGGUUUUAUUUAUCUGUCAUU